GCUCUUUGGGGCGCAGCGGAUUCAGUCGCCGAACGAUUUUCGCCCCAACAACGAGGAGGCAGCUGCUGAAAAUCGACUCGUCGCGUUAUUUCUGUGAAGUGAAUGGAAAACCGAGGGAACGAGAGGGAGGACGGAAAAGCAAGAAAAUACGAAUAUACACAGAAUAUACACGAAAUUCUUUUUAUAACGAAACAAAACGCGCAACGCAACGCACAUAAAGCCACAAAAAGCAGCUUGUGGGAAAGCCAGAAGCAGCGGAAAACGAAGAAAAAUCACCAGCAGCAGCAGCAGGAGCAGGAGCAGAUAUGACGGCGGCCACGGGUGGUGGGAGUAGUGGGGCGGGGGGUGGUAAGACUGGAAAGCACAGGUCGAGGUCAUCUGCCCGCUACGACGAUGUGGAAAAGCAGCAGAGGAAAAGCCGAGCCAUCGUCUCCAUACCGAACACCAUCAAGCUGAGUAUGCUCAACAGCGGACUGCUGUCGUUCGAAAGGAUAAAGCUCGAGGCACGCGAUGAAAACAACUCGCUGUCGAAAACGAUACCCAACGGACCCAUCGAUAUCCGGCAUUUUCUGAAACUGUGCGAUCUGCGCCGCAAAUUCCCGGUACUCUACAAGCUUGAGUUCCAAACUGCGGCCAAGGUGGAGAGCAACACCUGUCGGCAUGCCUUGAAGAAGAACAAUCUGGAGAAGAAUCAGAAUCCCAAGUGCAUUCCCUACGACUACAAUCGGGUGGUGCUGGAGAAGGUGGGUGGCCUGCAGGACUCGGACUAUGUGAACGCCUCCUAUGUAGACAGCCUGCUCAAGCCGAACGCGUAUAUAGUGACCCAGGGUCCUGUCGAGGAGACGGUCCAGGCCUAUUGGCGAAUGGUCUGGCAGGAGAACAUCAGUGCCAUUGUGAUGCUGACGAAGACCUUCGACUUCGCCAAGGUAAUGUGCCACCAGUACUGGCCACCCAACAUGGAGGUUCACGAGCAGUACGGCGAUAUCUUCAUAAAUAUCGUCAGGGAGGAGCAGCUUGCCAAUUUCCAUAUACGAACCUUCAGGCUCUACAAGAUGAACGAAAAGCAGGAGGUGACCGACGAGCGGUUGAUCCUGCAGUUUCACUACACCGAAUGGUACUCCCACUCGUGCCCCUUCUCCAAUGCCCUACUGGAGUUCCGGAGGAGAGUCCGCCUGGUCGUGGGCAACAUAAUCAAGGACGAGGAUGACAUGAGGGGUCCCAUCCUGGUGCACUGCAGCGAUGGUGGCGGCAGAUCGGGAGUCUAUAUGUCCAUCGAUGCCAAUCUGGAGCUGGCGGAGGAGGAGGAGUGCUUUAAUGUCUUCGGCUACCUUAAAAAGUUAAGGCAAUCGCGGAAAGGUCUGGUGGAGAAUGUGGAGCAAUACAAGUUCAUAUACGACACCCUGGAGGAGCACAUCAUUUGCGGCAAGACCUGGUUCCCGGUCUCGGAACUUUCCGAUCGCUUGAAGGCCAAGGCCAGGAGGAAUUCCGGCACCAAAAUGAACGAAUAUCAGGCGGAGUACGAUCAGAUCUGCAAGCAAACCCCACGAUUCACCAUAGGCGAUUGCGCUGGCGGUCACCGAGCAGAUAAUCGCGAGAAGAACAGGGAUGUCCUGUGCGUACCCCCCGAUAACUUCAGGCCCUACCUGACCUCCUUCCAGGGCAAUGCCUUUACGGACUAUAUAAACUCGGUGUUCGUGGACGGGUACACCAAGCCCAGGGAGUACAUAGUCACGGAAUGGCCCAUGAAGCAUACGCUGGGCGAGUUCUGGUCCCUGGUCUACGAUCAGGAGUGCUCGGCCGUUGUGGUCCUGUGCCAGCCGCCCUCGCAGUCGCAGCAGUAUCCCUCUUUCUGGCCGAACAAGUCGAAGAUGGAGAAGUACGGACCGGUGUUCUCCGUGCACUAUGUGAUGUCCAAGAGCUAUACGAACAUCAAGCAGUGGGAGUUCAAGAUCAACAAGAAGAUCGUCUCGCUGACCGAAAUGAUGGCCGGGGUGAAGGCCCCGACGCGAACCGUCCAACUGUUCCAGCUGACCUGCUGGCCCAUGGGUCACAAGGUGCCCAGCUCGACGAACUCGCUGGUCUACCUGAUGAACAUGGUCGAGAUCUGGCGAAAUAAGGUCGACUACGGGCCUGUGUGCGUUGUCUCGCCCGAUGGUCGCAGUCGUGCCGGUGUUUACUGUGCCGCGAAUGCGUGCAUCGAGCAGGUCAUCCAGCACGGCGAGGUCGAUGUCUUCCAGGCGGUGAAGACUGUGCGCCGACAUCGUCCUCAGCUAGUCGAGAAUAUGACCGAGUACAAGUACUGCUACGACCUGGUACUCCACUAUGUCCUCCACUUCCUUAACAAAAAGGAGUGAAGUGGGUCGGACAAGGCCAAGGAUCGUACUAUUUGCAAACUGGUGUGUUGCUACUUUUUUUCUGGAGCUGGAACUGAAGCUUCAACAAUGGUUAACAAUGAUCCGAAAUACUUGUGGUCCACAUUUGAUGAUGCCUGGAUUUCUUUUUUAUAAUUCCGGGCACCGCCUUAAAGCAAUAAUACUGAGUAUUUUUGUUGUCCACAAAAGCCAGAGAAGGAAUGAAUUUUGUUGUUACGAGCGUCGAAAUGAAAUUUCACGCCACUGAAGAGAUACUUUUUACUUGUUUUUCGAGCAUAAAACAAUGAUACUACUAUAUAAUGUAUAAGCUUUUUGAUCUGAAAUGUAUGUGCCAUUUGUAACCCUAGUUGUUGUUGUUAUAAACAGGAGGAUAUGAUAUGUGUGAUGGGGAUAAUGAGUAUAGAUUGAAGUAAUGAAAUGAUAGGAACAGAGAACUAUUACCUUUAAAAUUUAUAUUUAUAUCUGUAGUUAUUAUUACGUUUACUCUUAAACCUUGCUACCUGGGCAAUUGUUGAUAUAUAUCUAACUACAUAUACCUAUUAUGAAUCUAUUUAUACCUAAAUACAUAUAUAUAUAUAAAAAUGUUAUAUACUGUUGUAAAUGGAAACUCGCAGUGUUUUCCACUACUGUUGACAGAACUUUAUUUUUUAUUCAUGUUAAAGAACGAAUAUAUUGAGCCACAUAAAGGGUAACUUCAAGGUGCUGAAGUGAACUUUAUACAUAUUGCUUAUUUGUAAAACUCACGAAACUCUCAAACAGAAAAACAUACCUAUGUAUAUGAUUGCAUCAUGAUUUUCCUCUAUUUUCGCAUUUAUGCAUUCGAAACUCAAACCUACCUACAUACAUAUAUUGUUGUAACUGUAAUUAACUUAUUUUUUACAUUGUGUAUAAAUGUGAGUAUGUUCAUUUUAUCCUUUGUGUAAACCAAUCUUUAUGUGUAGACAUUAAGCAGAAGAAUUGUAUUGGAUUAGGCUAAUGAAAUGAAACUGAAGCCGAGAAAAAAUGAAACGAAUACAAAUUAAAAUGUA